AAACAUAUGUACUAUCUUAUCAUAACCAAUAAAACCCAUGUUGACAAUCAUGUGACCAACAUAAUGGUUUGACCCAAAAGCCUUAUUACUUACACCUGUAUAUACCUAUACAGGUAACAACCUGUAUCUACCUAUACAGGUAACAUACACUCUUCCAUACUCACGCACACACACAUUCCUAGUCACUACAGGUAAAGACACACACAAAGACAUGCAUGGACAUACCUGGACAACACACUGCAUAGUGAUUAGAUGAAUGUUAGAUGACCGAUGUCAGAAAAUGUUGGUAGACUUCUGCAAUGGUCAGUUUGAUGCCAGAAUCACUUGUGACAAAGUCAGUGCUGACUAUCAUGAAGUGACUAAUCUUGUGUCUCAAGACUGGGCAAAGCGAAGACGGGGAUUCCUAGCCGAGACUUUUAUAAAACCACCUGUUUCAUUCACUGUUGCGUUUCCUUGCAACAUUGAAGUGUUCCGCAUCGUAAUUGACCCCAAAGUUGGACGACAGACAUCAAGUGGAAUAGAAAUUUUCACCUACUCGAAAAAAGUAGACAAAUGUUGGCUAAAUGGACUAUCUGAACAGUCUAACACUGAUUCAACCAUGAAACCUGCAAGCAUGAUUUAUCAACAAGUUGGGAAAGCUAUGAUGCAAGAUCCAGGGAUAUUAUGUUUCAGCAAUGUUCAAUAUCGCCCUUUUGGUGAGUGGCAUCCGGACAAAAACAUGCCUGCUUCAACUGACUUUCCAAAUGCUCAAGAUUUAAGACAUCAUAAACUGUCUUCAUUGAGCUUUGUGAGUCAAAUUUCUGUAAGAGUGUCCAGAACAGUUAACGGGAGUGCUGUCGGGAUACAACGUCUGGAGAUUUGGGGCCAACCAUCCCGCUCUUGUCGAAUAGAAAUCCUGAACAGAGUCAAGGCCUUGUGCCUGUCUUCAGUACCUGCCAAUGUACAGGACAAUGCCAGUACAGUGACCAAAGAAGUUAGAAAUCCUGUCUCUAACAAUAUCAGUGUUGAUGUCUACCAUGAAAAGGGAAUAGAGGUUCCCCAGGACUUUGUUGACAAGAUCACUUGUGACAUCAUGACAGUUCCCAUGCUGUUGCCGUGUGGGGAAAAUAUUGAUCAGUCAACUUUGGAGAAACACAACAGUAAUGAAGCCUCCUGGGGUCGUCCUCCGAGUGACCCUUACACUGGAAUACACUUUCACGGAAAUCUCCAGCCAAUUCCUAAUACCUCACUGAAGACUAGAAUUGAUAAAUUUGUACUGACACACAGUGAAACUCUUGGCCAUCUACCUCGUACCUUAGGGAAAAGUAACAUUUAUACCUCAAAACGACCAUUAGCAAGUAAGAUUGUGUCACCAAACAUGGCAUACGACAAUGUGCAGGGAAGUUGUAAAACUCCUGUAAAUAACAAAAGAACUAUUUGUGACGUUACAGAAAACUCUGAGACAGCAGGCAGAGCGAAGCGGUUGAAGAAUUCUGUAAUAUAUUGCAAGAGCAUCAAAAGUGAAACCAAAAUUAGUGCUACUGAUUGUAUGACAAAGAUUUAUAAAGAACCUCCUAGUAGAACACAGACACAGACAGGAGACAGGAGUGGGACCACACAUGGCGACAGUCUGAAAUACAGUCUCGAUUCAGCUCUUGCUUCAACUCUUGGGUCGUUGCCUUCAUUUACAAAAUUUUCAACAGCUUCUUUGAAAAACCAAAAUUCUAGAAACCUGAAAGAUGUUUCCAGUGGUGAACAAAUGUGUUGUAUGUGCUAUAAGGAUGGUAGUAUGAUGUACAAGGGAGUGUGUGAACACCUAAUGUGUAGGGGAUGCCUCACAAGCAAUACUGGCACUUUGAUAUGCUCAACAUGUAGGGCAGUGUGGGAUCGAGGGGAGAUAACUAGAGUUCAUAGAUGAAUUUGGG